UAGUGAUAGCUACAAAGAAUCCCAUUUUUUUGAAAUAAUAAUAAUAAUAAUAAUAAUAAUUCUCAUCCACAUCUCUCUCUCUCUCUCUCUCUCACACAAACACACACAUACUGUAGCUUGUUGAACUUUUCUACUUGUACAAAUGAGUUGUAUUUUGUUUUGGUGUAUUUGUACUCAAGUGUGUGGAUUCUUGUUUUGAAUCAUCAUGGAGUUGGCUGUAACUGUAAACUCUCUUGGAGAAGAAGUUUGAAAACUGACAGUUAGUCUGUAACAUAUGAAAAGAACAAAGAUAAUCUGGUUCAUUUAGUAAGUGGGAUCGAGAGAUAUGAAAGGCAUCUUUGUGGAUGAUAAUAUGUCAAAUUUAACUUCUGCAUCCAAUGAAGCAAGCCUAUCUUCAUCAAGCAACAGGAAUGAAAUUGGUACUAUGUACCCUCCACCACAGAUACAGCAGUCCUUUGGUUCUGUGCCAAUCAGUACCAACACUCAAACUCAAUCAUCAAACAAGAAAAAGAGGAAUCUUCCAGGAAAUCCAGAUCCAGAGGCUGAGGUGAUAGCUUUGUCUCCAAAAUCACUAAUGGCAACAAACAGAUUCAUGUGUGAGAUUUGCAACAAAGGGUUUCAAAGAGACCAGAAUCUACAACUACACAGAAGAGGACAUAAUUUACCAUGGAAACUCAAGCAAAAAUCAAAACUAGAGGUAGUUAGGAAGAAGGUGUACGUGUGUCCCGAACCGAGUUGUGUGCACCAUGAGCCCUCAAGAGCUCUUGGAGAUCUAACCGGUAUCAAGAAACAUUUCUCGCGAAAGCACGGUGAGAAGAAAUGGAAAUGCGAAAAGUGUUCAAAACGUUACGCGGUCCAAUCCGACUGGAAAGCUCAUUCCAAGAUAUGUGGCACACGCGAAUAUAGAUGCGAUUGUGGUACCCUUUUUUCAAGGAGGGAUAGUUUCAUCACUCACAGAGCUUUCUGUGAUGCUUUAGCAGAAGAAAGUGUAAGAUCUUCAUCAUCAGCACUAAACCACCUUCCUCUUCCUUUACAGUUUGAUUUCCCGCCGAAAACCGAACCACAACAUCUCUUGCAACACCCACAACUCAGCUUCAACAUUGGGUCCAGUACUACUCCACAUCAUAAUCAUCAACUACCAUCAUGGUUAGAUCAACAUCAUCAACAACAACAACCAAAAAACCCUAACCCUAAUAAUAAUAAUAAUAAUCUCCAUCUUCCUUCUCCUUCUUCUCACAUGUCUGCCACUGCAUUGCUACAAAAAGCAGCACAAAUGGGUGCAACCAUUAGCAACCCAACACCAACUCAUGAUCUUAAUUCCACUGCUUCAAUCAUUCUAAAUGGGUCCCACCAAACCCUACAGCAUGAUCACAUGUGUGCACCUCUAGUAUCACCUCAUCAUCAACAACAUCACCAUCCUUCUGGACUAUCUAAUUUGUCUACAAGUGAUAAUCAUCAUGUGAUGUUUGCUAAUAUCACCAGCAGUAGCAUGGACCAGCUGCUUCAUCCAAAUUCACUUACUUCCACCAGUGUAGGGUCAACUAACAUCCAUGAAAUCUUGAAUGGUAUGCUCAAUUCUACAAAGAAAGAUCAUAAUGGCUAUCAAGAACAGAUUUUAAACACUCGAAAAGACGGUGCAAGUGCGAACAACGAUGAAUUAACGAGAGAUUUCUUGGGAAUUCGAGGAUUCCCGAAUGCUACUGAUCAACAGUUUCUCAACAUGGCUGGUCUUGAUCAUAUGAAUCAGAUGAACCCGAACCACAAUCCGAACCAAAUACCGUGGCAAGGUUAGCUAGUUUGGAUGAUAAAGAUUACAUACGUGCACACCGUUUAUAAAUGGUGUACUUUAGUUCUUUUUUCUGCUAUUGUUUUUCUUUUAAAGUUGUUUUCAGUGGUGAAUCUGAACCCAGUUUUGCAUUUUGUUGGUUCUGGACUUAGAAUUCUGAAAGCUAUGAUUGCAUCUAGUGUACCUUAAGUAUAACAUGUUUUACAUUAAGGGUA